AGCUUUCGCUUGGCCUUUAGUAGUGACAGGUUCAGCCUGACACAAAAACAAAAUCUGUGAACGUAAGGUAGAAAACCAAAAUCAGUCAACAAAAAGUACACAUGAAUAAUUGUGAGGAGCGGUGUACAAGUGAGAAAAACGAAAAAGACUGAAGAACAGGACGUGGUGUAAGGUGUGAAAAAAAACAUCCCGCUGUAUGAGCAUCUGUGACAUAAGGAUGAAACAAGCAGACAGAACAAAAGAUGUUCUACUUUGCAACUCUUACUUUUACAAAGUCAGCAAUGGAGAAUUUCAUAAUCAAACUUAGAGAAAAUAAACAUAAAUAUCUGUAAUACAAAAACAGAUAACAGACUAUAAAUAACACAUUUGACUGGAUUUUAUGGUUUUCUGAGUGAAAUGUUCUGGAAAAAAGCUUGUAAAUUGCAAAUACACUGGACUGGAAUAUUAUAAGUUAACAUACAGAACUACAUUUACCAUUUUUUAGCAUCUCUGUAUUUGUCUGGUGUUUUAUUGGACAAGAAGACCCAUAAGAUUGAUGAACAAUUAACUUCUGAACAAUGACUGUUAGCCUGUAACAUGCAUCAUACAUCUGCAUUUCCCAAAGCACAAACUUUCAUUGAGAAAUCAAAACGAACAUUUGAAAAAGAACUAUGAAUGACUGACAACUGAUCUUUAUCUUAUUUCCUAUUUCAUACUCUGGUGCUCCCUGUCACUGUCUCCUCCUCCUCUGUCUGUCUUCUAUGCAUCUGCUGUGACCUUUAUUAAUGAGUAACUCUCAAUGUGCCAAUCAUUUCAGCAGCUCUCGACAACUGUGAGAUCCCACACUUACACAGAAGAUGAAUGCUAAUACAAAGAUCACCAUUAAAGCAGAAGACUUUGACUUCUACAUUGAUUACAAUGGCAGCUACAAUGAGAAUAAUAAUGAUUCCUGCUGUGGUGGCUCAAUCUGUGAUCAGGAGUCUUCCAUGUACUUUGAUUCCAUUUUUAUUCCGGUCCUUUACUCUCUGGCGCUGGUAGUGGGGCUGGUGGGAAAUGGGCUGGUUCUGGUGGUACUGUGGAAGAAAAGGCUAUACUUAAAUGUUACCGACAUCUUCAUCCUCCAUCUGAGCUUAGCAGACAUUCUGCUGCUGCUAACGCUGCCCUUCUGGGCUGUAGAGGCAGCGAAUGAGUGGAUCUUCGGCACAGUGCUUUGCAAGCUGACUGGAGCUCUGUUCAAGAUCAAUUUCUACUGUGGCAUUUUCAUGCUGUCCUGCAUCAGUCUUGACCGUUACUUGUCCAUCGUCCACGCAGUGCAGAUGUAUUCUCGUAAAAAGCCAAUAGUGACUCACUGUUGUUGCUUGAUGGUCUGGCUCUUCUGUCUUCUGCUCUCCGUUGCUGACUGGAUAUUACGCAAGGACUACAAGGACUCCAGACGUCAGGAGAAAACACAAUGUGUUUUUGUUUGUUUUUUAUUGUUCUUCCAUUUGGCUGCUCGUCUGCUCUACCAUAUUUUGGGUUUCAUUCUUCCAGCACUACUUAUGAUGUUCUGUUACUCUUGCAUCCUGCUGCGGCUGCGGCGUGGCUCCCAGUGCAAGCAGAAGAAGAGGGCCAUCCAUGUCAUCGUAGCUCUGGUAGUAGCCUUCUUCAUCCACUGGACGCCCUACAACAUUACCCUCAUAGUUGACACCAUACAAACCAGUGGGACCAACAAUACCAGUAACCAAACAUCCUGUGAAAACUUCACAUCGUUGGAUAUAGCUCUCACAGCUACUUCCACACUGGCCUACUUACACUGCUGUGUCAACCCAGUGCUUUAUGCUUUCGUGGGGGUGAAAUUUCGUCAGCAUCUGCUGGACAUGCUGAGACCACUGGGCUUCACACUGAAGGUCCCAGCAGGCCUGGUGUCACGGAAGAGCUCUGUAUGGUCAGAGUCAGUGGACACCUCAAACACAUCUGCUUUUUGAAAUAUUACAUGCCAUCAAACUGAUUAUGCAUGAUCAGUCAGCAUGACAUCUUUUUAUGCAAUCAUUAACAUCUGUAUUAUUCAAAGUUGUUUGGCUUUAAGUACGCAAGUGUUGCAAUUCACACCAAGGACUAUAACUAUAAUAAUAACUAGUCUUAAUAAUCAUUAUAAUUGUAUGAUAGUAUGGACAUCCUGCCCACAGCUAUAACGAUAAUGACAUAUAAAGGAACAGUAUAUCACUUGGAUCACUUUGAGAAUUAUUUUCCAGUUGAUGAAUGAUAGAAAAUAUUGACAGCCAAUCAGAAUGGAUGCAACUUUAAAGCGCUUGAGCAUUUAAAGCUACAGACGGUAAUACUGUAGUGCACAUUUAUAAUAAACAAACUAUAACUUUUGUUGGUGUGAACAUAUUUAUCUUAAUAGUGAUCUUUAUAGUUGUCAUUCUUGAGGUGAACAUGUCUUAAGUCUCAUGACAGUGCUUUUUAGUAUGCAGACUGCAUUAUAAACAUGAAUAUAGAGCAGUCUUGUUUAAUCUUAAUUUUAGAUAUUUCUCUUUGCAUGUGUGGCAGCUACCUACCGUUAAGAACAUGAUAUCGUUAUUAAAUUUAUUCAACGCCAAGUUGGGGGGCAAAUGACUUUUUACAGUGAAUAGUUUCUCAACUGUCUUGCAUUUCUCAAGCAUAAUGACUCCUUACAGCUCACACAUUUUAGAGAGAGAUAAAAAGUUUCUAUUUUUGUCAUAAUGGAAAGUUUUUUCCAAUAAUUCAGACUUUAGUCAGAAAAUAUUUCUAUUUUACUAUUGUACAUUGUUAUUGUGUUUAUUGUCUAAAGUGUUCCUGAUUUUGUUUGUUAAUUGUCUUGUUUUUUUUGAUGCUGUGGUGUAUUUUUUAUCUUGAUUUGCUGUAAAUACAUUUUCAAAACAUUCUUUGACUUGUCAUGUGAAGCAGAACUGGGCAAAUGUGUAUUUUGGUGCUUAUUGUCUUAUAUGCGCUUAUAUUUUGAUGUAUAACUUAGUUGAACCCCCAUGUCUUUUUUUUUUAUUUGUAUUUUUAUUUUUUUUUGCUAGCAUAAAACCUGUAUCUACAAUGUGAGAAGUCUUCUUUAAUUAUGUAAACUGUGAUAUAAUAAAAAGAGAAAUUAUGUAUGAAUAUA